GGAGUGUGGCAGCGCGAGCCCGCGCAAGUUGACCACGGUCCAUGUCGUUCGAAGCGGUUUACCGAACUCUCCCGGUCCGGUGUCUGUGACCCUGUCAGACUGACGCUAUGCGAACUCACUCGUGCCCAGAACCACGACUCCCGCGUCGCCUGCGUGUUCUGCCCAAUUCCGCUGCCCUAGAAUCCCGUCCAUGUUAGCACCUCCCUCACAUUAGUUAGUGAACGUGGCUCCUCCUUUCCGCUGCGCCCCGUCCUACCUCCCCCUUGCCGCUCUCCCCUCGCUCGCUCGGCUCGGACCGUCUCCCGACUCUCCGUGCAGCUCCAUCCCCGCCCUGAGAGCACCGAGCACCGCGCCAUGGCAGAGCACGGCGGCCUGGAGAACCACCGCAUCAAGAGUUUCAAGAAUAAGGGGCGCGAUGUGGAGACUAUGCGAAGACAUAGAAACGAGGUGACAGUGGAGCUGAGAAAGAACAAAAGAGACGAACACCUACUGAAGAAGCGUAACGUCCCACAGGAAGAAAGCCUCGAGGACUCGGAUGUAGAUGCCGAUUUUAAAGGACAAAACAUAACGCUGGAUGCGAUCUUACAGAACGCCACCAGUGACAAUGCCGUCGUACAGCUCAGCGCAGUGCAGGCAGCCAGAAAACUGCUGUCCAGCGACAGAAACCCGCCCAUCGAUGACUUGAUAAAGUCUGGAAUCCUGCCCAUCCUGGUCAAGUGUCUGGAGAGGGACGACAACCCUUCUCUGCAGUUCGAAGCAGCCUGGGCUUUGACCAACAUUGCAUCUGGAACCUCAGCGCAGACCCAAGCUGUGGUCAAAUCCAAUGCGGUCCCGCUGUUCCUUCGGCUGCUGCACUCCCCCCACCAGAACGUGUGUGAGCAGGCGGUGUGGGCGCUGGGUAACAUCAUCGGUGACGGGCCGCAGUGCCGGGACUACGUCAUCUCCCUGGGCGUGGUCAAACCCCUGCUGUCCUUCAUCAACCCCUCCAUUCCCAUCACGUUCCUCCGCAAUGUCACCUGGGUCAUUGUCAACCUGUGCAGAAACAAGGAUCCACCUCCACCCAUAGAGACUGUGCAGGAGAUACUGCCUGCCCUCUGUGUGCUAAUCUAUCACACCGAUAUCAACAUUCUGGUGGAUACCGUAUGGGCUUUGUCCUACCUGACGGAUGGAGGGAACGAGCAGAUCCAGAUGGUCAUCGACUCAGGCGUGGUCCCCUUUCUGGUUCCGCUGCUCAGCCACCAGGAGGUCAAAGUUCAGACGGCCGCCUUGAGAGCAGUGGGCAACAUAGUGACUGGGACGGACGAGCAGACCCAGGUGGUUCUGAACUGCGAUGUGCUCUCACACUUUCCCAACCUGCUCACACACCCUAAGGAGAAGAUCAACAAGGAGGCUGUUUGGUUCCUGUCCAAUAUCACAGCAGGGAACCAACAGCAGGUUCAGGCUGUGAUCGACAUGGGUCUCAUUCCCAUGAUCAUCCACCAACUAGCAAAGGGUGACUUUGGCACACAGAAGGAGGCUGCCUGGGCGAUCAGUAACUUGACAAUAAGUGGGAGAAAAGAUCAGGUGGAGUACCUGGUCCAGCAGAACGUGAUCCCACCCUUCUGCAACCUACUGUCAGUGAAGGACUCUCAGGUGGUCCAGGUGGUCUUGGAUGGGCUGAAGAACAUACUGAUCAUGGCAGGGGAUGAGGCCAGCUCUAUUGCUGAGAUCAUUGAGGAGUGCGGAGGUCUGGAGAAGAUUGAGAAUCUGCAGCAGCAUGAAAAUGAGGACAUAUACAAAUUAGCCUUUGAAAUCAUUGAUCAGUACUUUUCAGGAGACGAUAUUGAUGAAGAUCCAAGUCUCAUCCCUGAAUCCACUCAGGGGGACACCUUUUCCUUUGACCCUGCUUCCAACCUGCAAACCAAGGAGUUUAAGUUCUAAAGCAAAUAUUCAGCACACAGUCACCUUGAGAACAUCUGAAUAGAUUCAACGACCUGAGAACGCACACCUCGACCACGCACUGAGGGAUCAGAGACCAUUUCCCCCACCCCCUCCACUCCGAUGCUUCUCAACGUUACUGAAAGAACAGAAAAGGCCUUGUGCUGCUCUGCAAUUGCCAAAAACCGCUCUUGCUCAAACACACAAAUCGAGUGGUGUGUGCAUGAAAGCCUAAAACUCAUCAUAUCAGCAACAAAGAAGGCUCCUCACUUUUGUGAGGUUUUUUCUUUUUUGUAUUGUAAUUUCCCUGGAAUCAUCCCAGACUCAUUUAAGCAAUCACCGAGCGCACCAGCUACCUUGAUUCGAGAUGUUCCACCUUGGAUCCAAGCCAUGUGGCACCGCGUCUGUCAGCCCGUGGAGCAUUCUCAGGUUUUAUAGAGGAGAGGAAAGCCCAGAGAGUUUAUUGUGGAGUGAUAAAACUUUUUUAUGUCUUUGGGAAUUCUCGUGGAAGACUAGCUUUUUUUUUUUUUUUUUUUUUUUUUUUUUUUUU